CUCUUGAGAGCAUAUAAAGAGAUGGUGCAUAGACAGGGCAGUAGAAGGUACUGCACUGGCACUUACAUAUUCUGAUGAUCUCUGCAGAACGCGCCUGACAGCAAUACCUUGAGAUACAAUGUCAUGGUGUCGACAGCUUUCAAGCCUUUGAAAGUUGCACCUGUGCCCGAGAUUGCUGAAGCAGAAGGAUCAUGGCGAUCGCCUUCACAGGACAGCAUGUUGCUUCGGAAGCCAAGCAGGUUCUCGCAUGUGCACCUCACAGAUCUGGAAGCCGGCCCGAGCACCGACUGCACAGCACACUUUGUUCUGAGGGGCGCCACGAUGAAGGCCCAUCUCACCAAGUCUGGAGUACAGCUCACGCCUCUGGAGACCAGACGCUGCUGGCCGCUGUCAGCACCCCAGCCGGCCUCUAUUCCUUUCUCUGAAAUCCUGUGCGUAGCGACAAGCCAGCCAGCACCUGCCUGGAGACACUGCAGACGCCUGUGGAGCACACCAACGAUCACGCACAGACUCUCUAUCUGCACCUUCAGGAGGCCUCGCCUGCACUCAUGCAAUUGGGUGCUCCACUCUGUGGAGCUGGACUCCCAGGAUGAAGAUCUAGUGAGGAGGUGGGCGGCAGAUAUCAACGAGGCAGUGGGCACAAGCAGCAAGCGGCCCAGGAGCCUUCUGGUGCUGUUGAAUCCCUUUGGAGGCUCUGGCCGAGCGCCUACUGUCUGGGAGCGCGAUGCCUCUCCCCUUCUCAGCAAGGCUGGUGUACUUUGUAGCGUCACAGUGACAACCCGGCCGCUGGAUGCGUACAAGACAGUGCGGGACCUGUCACUGCAGGAGCUGCAGACCUGUGAUGGCAUUCUUGCCGUGGGUGGCGAUGGGAUGUUCCAAGAGGUGCUCAACGGCGUGAUGGCGGUGCGCAGCUGCGGGGAAGCCGACCGGGCGGCGGCUGCCGCGAAGCUGCGCCUGGGCCACAUUCCCGGCGGCUCCACCGACGCCGUCGCAUACAGCCUCAAUGGCACGCGCUCUGCAGCCACGGCUGCACUGCAUGUGGCCCUUGGUGACAGGACUCCAUUAGAUGUGAUGCGGGUGGACACUGGCGACGGCACACACCGCUUCAGCGUCUGCUAUGCAACCUACGGCUACAUGGGCGAUCUCCUGCGCACAUCAGAAACGCUGCGCUGGUCGAAGUGGCUCGGAGAACGGAGGUAUCCGUUGGCAGGAGCACUGACGCUGUUACGCGGCCGCUGCUACCGCGCCUGUGUGUCCUACCUGCCAUCCAUGCACAGCGCACCAAAGGCUGUGGAGUGCAAAAGCCAGUGCCAGCUCUGUGCAACUGCCACUGGCGUGCCACCUGCAGACAUUUCUAUUGACAGCAGUACUCCGUCAGAGGGCGAGCCUGCCUGGACAUCCAUCGAGGGGGAGUUCAAGAGCAUAAUGGCGAUCGUGACGCCGUGCAGAUCGGACAUGAGUGCCGGCGGCCUCGCGCGAACCGCGCACCUAAAUGAUGGCCGCCUCAAGCUCGUCCUGGUCAAGCGCUGCUCUGUGCUGCAGUACCUGCGCCUGCUCAUACGCAUCCCCACGCUUGGCAUUGACGCGGAGCAUGAUCUGCCUUUCAUCACUGUCUUGGACGUGGUGGCUGUGGCAGUGAAGCCGAUUGGGGCAGAGUCCAGCUGGAAUGUGGAUGGCGAACUCAUGCCAUCAAACCACCUGUCAGCCCGCGUGCACCGCGGCGCUGUGGAGGUAUUUUCAAGAGGCGUUGAAUGA